AUAAUUCUGCCUUGUGGCAUGGUCGGUGUGGGUUGGACUGGGAAAGAAAGCCGGUGGACGAGGUCGCGAAAAUGGUCUCGUUGGUUGCUACUGCGCUGUCUCCUCAAAUAGCCGGCUCUUCGGUUUCGGCGAAUGUCACUUUGAACUCGUUUCCUCGCUCUUCCUUGCGCGCACAGGCUGCCUUCCUCAAUUUUCUCAAUUUUCAAUCUAGGGCGAGCUCUAGAUCCCUAUUCCGACGCCUCUGCUCCGAGAACAACCACGGAGAUGAACAGUUCGACGCGUUCUCAGUGCUUCCAUCAAGCAUACCAUGGGACAAUGAGGACGUAUGGUCAAUAUUCGCAGCUUAUUUCUUCAUCUUGCAUGUACCUUUGAGUUUUGGAGGACUCUCAAUCGUUGCCAGUAUCCUUCACGAGCCUGACCUAGAUCCCCUCACCAUGGUCGUCUCCCUAAGCACGCUGCAAGUUAUAGAAUAUGCUGGAGCUUUGACUCUGUUGUAUUACAACGCUAAGAGAAAAUCCAACCUUUGCAGUUUCUUCCUAGGAAAAAGCUCCCUGGAAGAAAGAAGUUGGGUUACAGCAUCUGCAGUGGGCAUUGGAUCUUUGAUAGGGAUGAUGUUUCUCUCAUCUAUUGUUUCUGAUAUGCUGCUUGGGCCUAAGGAUGUUAAUAAUCUUAUUCUGAAAGAUAUGCUCUCCAAGAGUCCAUUGUCUACGAUGCCACCAUGUUUCUUUCUAUAUUGCCUUAUAACUCCAUUGUUAGAGGAAACUGUUUAUCGUGGAUUCCUUCUAUCAUCUCUCGCAUCGACGAAGAAAUGGUGGCAAGCUAUCAUUUUCAGUUCAUUUAUUUUCAGCAUAGGCCAUUUUUCUGGCGAGAAUUUUUUGCAACUCUUUCUUGUUGGUUGUGUUCUUGGUUCUGCAUAUUGUUGGACUGGGCAAUUGGCUUCUUGCUUCACCAUCCAUUCUAUGUAUAAUGCAACUAUAUUGUUAAUAACCUUCCUAUCUUAGUUCUUAUCAGGGAUGCACUUGAAAGAGACUUUAAUUGCAUCAGUAUUCUUUUUGUUUGUAAUAUCUUGAAAGAUGAGGAAAGUAUUGCUCUAAUUACAGUUAAA